GGAGAACUGAGUUGGGGAGGGAUGGGGGGUCUCUCCCCACUUCCUGCCUCCCUGUCUCUUGCAGGCCCUGAAGGCUGAGUAGCCAUCAAGAUGCCUGGUCUGCUGAACCAGAUCACAGGGGCAGCCCUGCCCCUCACCGCAUCCGACGUCACCUCCUUUGUCAGUGGUUACGCCCUGGGUCUCACCGCCUCCCUCACCUAUGGCAACCUGGAAGCCCAGCCCUUCCAGGGUCUCUUUGUAUACCCACUGGAUGAGUACACCACGGUGAUCGGCUUUGAGGCAGUCAUUGCCGACCGAGUCGUGACAGUACAGAUCAAGGACAAAGCCAAGAUGGAGGGUGGCCGCUUAGAUGCCACUGGCCUCCGAGCUGCAACUGUCACAGGAAACAUUCUGCAUCAUCCCUCCUCCUGCACACCAGGAAAGGUGGCUCUGGACGAGGAUUUGGAGCGGAUCCUCUUUGUGGUCAACCUGGGGACAAUCGCCCCUAUGGAGAACGUCACCAUCUUUGUCAGCACCUCCUCGGAGCUCCUGACGCUGCCCAGCGGGGCUGUGAGAGUCCUGCUACCUGCUGUCUGCGCCCCAACCGUGCCUCAGUUCUGCACCGAGAGCACUGGCCCCUCCAACCAACAGACCCAUGGCAAAGACAAGCAUUGCUUCGGCCCCCGGACCCUGGACUCCUGGAACAAAUUGAGCCUGGCGACUCUCCUGGACACCGAUGUGUCCAACCCCAUGGAAUACGAGUUCAACUUCCAGCUGGAGAUCCGUGGGCCCUGCCUGCUCGCAGGGGUGGAGAGUCCCACCCACGAGAUCCGAGCUGACGCCUCCCCGUCCGCACGCUCCGCCGAGAGUAUCAUUAUCACCCUGGCCAACAGGCACACCUUCGACCGACCCGUGGAGAUCCUCAUCCACCCCAGCGAGCCCUACAUGCCACAUGUCCUGAUGGAGAAAGGGGACAUGACCCUGGGAGAGUUUGACCAGCACUUGAAGGGAAGAACAGAUUUCAUUAAAGGGAUGAAGAAGGACAGCAGUGCAGAGCGAAAGACAGAAAUCAUCUGGAAACGCCUCCACAAGGACAUUCCCCACCAUUCCGUCAUCAUGCUCAACUUCUGUCCUGACCUCCAGUCAGUCCAGCCGAACCUAAGAAAGACCCAUGGCGAGUUUAUCUUCCUCAUCGACAGGAGUGGCAGCAUGAAUGGGACCAACAUGCACCGAGUCAAGGAUGCCAUGCUGGUGGCUCUUAAGAGCCUCAUGCCGGCCUGCCUCUUCAAUGUCAUUGGGUUUGGAUCCACGUUCAAGACCCUCUUCCCUUCCAGUCAGACCUACAAUGAGGAGAGUUUGGCCAAGGCCUGUGACAACAUCCAGAGAAUGCAAGCUGACAUGGGUGGCACCAACAUUCUCUCCCCGCUCAAGUGGGUCAUCCGGCAGCCAGUGCCCCGAGGCCACCCGAGGCUGCUCUUCGUCAUCACAGAUGGUGCCGUGAGCAACACCGGGAAGGUGCUGGAGCUGCUGCGAAACCAUGCCUUCUCCACCAGGUGCUAUAGCUUUGGAAUUGGACCCAACGUCUGCCACAGACUGGUGAAAGGGCUGGCAACUGUGUCCAAGGGCAGUGCUGAGUUCCUGGUGGAGGGGGAGCGGCUGCAACCCAAGAUGGUCAAAUCCCUGAAGAAGGCCAUGGCCCCAGUCCUGUGUGACGUGACUGUGGAGUGGGUCUUCCCUGAGACUACCGAGGUCCUGAUCUCACCUGUCAGCACCAGCUCCCUCUUCCCUGGAGAACGGCUGGUGGGGUAUGGCAUUGUAUGUGAUGCCUCCUUAUACAUCUCCAAUCCCAGAACAGACAAGAGAAGACGAUACAGCAUGCUACACUCUCAGGAGUCCGGCAGCUCUGUCUUCUACCACUCACAGGAUGAGGGACCUAGCCCAGACACUGGAGACUGUGCCAAGAGCUUGGGGACACCCUUCAACCUGAGGCAGGCCAAAGAUGCCCAGCCAUCCAGCGGAGACUCCGCCACCAGUCCCGGUCUAGACUUCUCCCAGCGACGGCGGGCAUACAGCACCAACCAGAUCACCACCCACAAGCCCUCUCCAAGGGCCCUUACGGCCAGCGACCCCACAACAGCUGCCAGGAGAUACCCACUGAGGAAAGCCAAGCUGCAGGACCUCACCAAGCAGACCAGCCUGGAUGCUCCGCGGUGGCAGAUUGAUUUGCAGCCCUUGCUGAACAGUGGCCCGGACCUGAGCCAGGGCCCCAGACUCUGGGGUCCAGUGGCCCGCAGGCCCUCUCUGCUGCCCCAAGGCUGCCGGCCCUUCCUGCCCUCUGGCCAGGAGACCCAGGCUUGGAGCGCCAUGAACGAGCUGGAUCUUGGGUCUGGUCUGAAGCCUGCCUCAGACAGCUGCAGCCCUGGGGACCUGGAGCUGUCCCAUCACCCCUCCGCCUUCGAGACCGAGACGUCCUCGGACUGGGAGACCCUAGCCGAGUCCGAGGAGCAGGCCAGUCCCCGCAGGCCCGCCAGCCCAGGACCCGUGCUGGGCAAGGCCGUGGUCAAGGGCCUGCGCGACAGCCAGCCUUUGCAGUGGGAGGUGAGCUUUGAGCUGGGGCCUCCCGGCCCCAAGAGGGGCGACGCGCGCGAGCCCGACCUGUGGGGCGAGACCUUCCACCACCUGGCGGCCCGCGCCAUCAUCCGCGACUUCGAACAGCUGGCGGAGCGCGAGCGAGAGAUCGAGCAAGGGUCCAGCCGCCGCUACCAAGUGAACGCCGUGCACACCAGCAAGGCCUGCAACGUCAUCAGCAAGUACACAGCCUUCGUGCCUGUGGACAGAAGCAAGAGCCGUUACCUGCCCACCGUUGUGGGAUACCCCAACUCUGGUGCUGUGUUGCGGAUGGUCAGCUCUCGGGUGCUGACCCGACAGUCGAGGGGCACUUCUGCUGGUUUCCGGCGGUCCCAGACGAUGCCUGGGGAAGACUCGGCUGCCAGAGAUGAUGUGGAGGAAAGCCCCACUGCGUCCUUCAGUGAGAACACAUCCCCGGGCCGCGAGAAGUACGCUACUCCUGAAGGUCCCCUGCGCAGUCUGGCCACCAACACCCUUUCUUCCUUGAAGGCCUCAGAGGCUCUCUUUGGAUCCAGGCUGAAUCUCAACAAGUCCAGGCUGCUGACGCGAGCGGCCAAGGGCUUCCUGGGCAAGCCGCUGACCAAGGCUCCAGAGUCAGCCCCAGGGAGCCAGAGCUUGGACUACGUCCCGCUGGUGUCUCUGCAGCUGGCCUCCGGAGCCUUCCUUCUCAACCAAGCCUUCUGCGAGGCCACCCACAUCCCCAUGGAGAAGCUCAAGUGGACCUCACCCUUCACCUGCCACCGAGUGUCCCUCACCGCCCGCCAGCCCCCGAGUCCCCAGACGUGCACCAGCCCCUCACCUCGGCACCCCUCCUGUGACAGCUUCUCCCCGGAGCCUCUGGCCGAGGGCAAGCCGGGCUGGGAGCCCAGGGCUGCGGUAGAGCACACAGGGCAGCUGUGGGCCACAGUGGUGGCGCUGGCGUGGCUGGAGCACAGCUCCGCCUCCUACUUCGUUGAGUGGGAGCUGGUGGCCGCCAAGGCCAGCUCGUGGCUGGAGCAGCAGGAGGUGCCCGAGGGCCGCACGCGGGGCGCGCUCAAGGCUGCCGCCCGCCAGCUGUUCGUGCUCCUGCGGCACUGGGAUGAGAGCCUAGGAUUCAAUAUGCUCUGCUAUAACCCGAAUUAUGUGUAGAGGGGGAGAAGGGGGCUGGGGCAGCGGCGGGGAGGGAGGAGACCACGUGGGCCUGGUAGGGGGACUCUUGAAACUGUAGCCAGUAUACUGGUUGCUAGAAAGAGCCCUGGAUUGGCAAUCAGGAGGCCUGAGUUCAGUGCCAACUUUGCUACCACCUAAUUGUGCAACUUUAGGCCAGCUCCUCCCUCCCUCCCUUCUGGGCCUCGCUUUCGCCACCUGUAAAAUAAGUGGGUGAGGUGAGGGAGCUGGACUAGAACCCCAGAACAUUCAAAGGUUCCUUUCUGCCCGGACAUCCGGAGAGCCAUGGAAUUUACUGCCACUGGGGGGUAGGGGGAGAGAGAAUACAGUUUAAGCCUGAGAUCUCUCUGGAGGAGGGUCACAUGGGCAAUGACCCCCUCAAAUAAAGGGUGGGUGAGCGGCCCCAAAGCCUGAAAGUAACCAGACCCGCAAGCCUGCAUCCAGGCAGAGGGAGACCCCCCUCUGCCAGCUGCGUUGUGGGAUAAGCAUUUGUCUCCAUGGUGACAGACCCUAAAUCCCACUUACAAACUGCCCGGAGAACCAUCCUUCCCAGCACUUUAAAAGAGUCACCCGGGGAACUUUUAUUUUGGCUUGGAAGCCCUUCAUGUAUUUUAGUGUUGGUUUGCAGACUAUUUGUGACUUCCUAUCUAAAAAGAGGAGAUGGGCAGGACAAGGGGAGGCACCCUGCAAGCCAAGGUGUUAGCAUUAAGCCGCAGCCUGUGCAAAACCAGUCCCCGAAGAAUUCUGAGCCAUGGUCACAGAAGCCAGUGGAGAAACCAGACGACACCUGAAGUCAUUUUACACACUUUCAGGGAUUGCGUAAUGCAAGCUCUAUCCCCUUGUGUUGAGGGGCUAGAGAGCCGCCCUGUGUCGGCUGCGUUUUGGGAUAGUGGCCACAGCGCACUGUGAGACGGAGGCGCUUUGUCUGCAACAGAGAACCUUGCUUGGCUGCAGUGCAUCUGCAGUGCAGCUUCCACUGGGAGCCGUGAUUUAUUCGAUGAAAUGAAAGACUCUUGAAGCUUCAAAGCAGAGAGCCCCUGGGGACGUCCCUCUCUCAGGCCCACCAUGUGUACCAUGUGGGGACAGGUGUGUCCCAGCCUCAGAUUCCCUCGUGGCUGGGGCCCCAUCACCUCUGUCCUGCAGACUCCCUUGGAAGUGGGUCUGGACCUCACCAAGGAAGUCCAUCAGCUUGGGACUCCACACUGAAUCCAUGCCCUUGCCCAGCCCCCUCUCCAGGGCCUUAACCUUUCCUAACCAAGGAAAGGAUUCCCUUCUGGCUCAGGGCCCUGGCGAGAAGCACCCUCCUCCCAGAGGUCCCCCUUCAGGGAUAUGUGGAGGACCCCAUGGAUCAAACACCUUCAUGAAGACUCAUGAAGACUCAAGAAAUGCCCAGUCUUGGGCUUCCCUGGUGGCGCAGUAGUUGAGAGUCCGCCUGCCGAUGCAGGGGACACGGGUUCGUGCCCCGGUCCGGGAAGAUCCCACAUGCCGCGGAGCGGCUGGGCCCGUGAGCCAUGGCCGCUGAGCCUGCGCGUCCUGAGCCUGUGCUCCGCAACGGGAGAGGCCACAACAGUCAGAGGCCCGUGUACUGCAAAAAAAAAGAAAGAAAGAAAGAAAAAAGAAAUGCCCAGUCUUCAGCAGCGGGUGAGAGAGAGGGGUGUUUCAGCAGAACACCCAUCACGUAUGGAGAAAAGGCAGCCCCACCAGGUAGCCCCCCCUACCCCGCACGCCACCCACCCCCAAUGCACAGCCCUGCCCAACCCUCCUGCUGUGCUGCAAAAUCUCCCACGAGGGGAUUUCACCUCCCCAGCCCUUCUGAGGCUCUCCUCAAAAAGCCGGUGACCCAUCCCACGUGGAGGGGAAGGGGCUGGAGAUUUCAGAUCAAGUCCCAUCUGCUGCUUGACUGACUGUUCUGCUUCAGACCCCCCCACACCCCCGCCCUGGGGAGGAAGCCAGCCGGGCAGCCGCCCACACAGAGGGAUGAGGGCUCGAGGCUCUGGCUCCAGACCUUGUCAUCUCCCUGCAUGCGUCCUCCCCCACAAAAUAACACUUGUGCAGCUAUGCAGCCAGCAGCCCCAGCUUCAGGGGAAGGAGGAAGGGGCAUGGCAUCCCCUUCUUGGCCCCCCAGGAAUGGAAAUAUUGUCAGGCUGAGAGCUGAAAUGGCUGGCACUGGUUUGGGCAAGUGGCUAUCCCUCUCUGGGUGCCCUGGAGCCGGGGUUGGCUGGGGGGUUCCCCCUGCUUUGAUAUUCCCAGAUUCUCUGCCUCUGAGGUGUUUCCCUCUUAGUGACCAUGGACUUGCUUGACUGUCUGUGUGACCUUGAACAAGUCCCAUGUGCUUUCUGGGCCUCUUUCCCCCUUAAGGUAACCAGGUGGGACUGAGCUGGCCAGCCUCCUGCUUAACCUGCUUCUGGGUCUCCAAGCUCAGUGUGGACACUGACCGGAGCUCAGGUGGUCCAGUACCUGCCCAGUACCUUCCCAGUGUAAAACCAGUGCUGCAAGACCCCUGGAAGGAGGAACUGAGAAGCUCAGCAGAGCGAUGGGCACACCACCCCCUUCUCCAGGGACCUGUCUCAGACCCUGCCCCAGUAGCAGUUGCUGGAGCCCUGGAUGACUCUGAUACACAAGCAAGUUGCUGACUUGUGCACUCCCUGAUUCCCCUGCUCCGCACCCAAAGGUGCAGAGGAACAAAUGCUCCUUGAUUUCAGAUAACCCAAGGGCUUUGGGGGACAUCUGGGUAAGAGACAUUGUUUAAAAACUCCAGUGGUAUUGAGAGGACAUGGGUCUCAGGAAUCUGCCCCAGGAUUGCCAAGCAGAGGACCAAAGGGACUUGCUUUAAGGAAGAGAGAAGAACCUUAGGUAAUUAGCACAUAUAUUGAAGCUAAAGUGGUUCCAAGGGUUCCUGAGUAGGUGAACCGAUGCCCCAGACAUCGGGAUGGAUUUGGAUUAAUCUGGAGUCUUUGUUAACCUGGCCCUUGCUUUCUAGGUCAUGCAGAAGGACCUUGAUGCCCUGCCUGGCUGAAGAAUCAGGAGGGUACAAAUGCUUAAUGGCGUUGUCCAAAAGAGCCCAGCCUUUAGUGGAAAGAACGUGGAGCUAAAAGCUGGGGAAUUUACAUGUUGGUCUAAACUCCGCCACUACUUUGCUGUGUGACUUCUGGCAAGUUGCUUGCUUUCUCUGGGCCCCAUUUCAUAUUUUGUAGAAGGAUGAGGUGACACUAGAUCAGCAUUUUCAGCACUAUUUCUUGGUUGAUAUAUGAAUUAGCAAUUCAUGAGAAACUGUCUGGCGGGCAAAUAUGUUGGGAAAACACUAGGAAAACAGAUUUCUUGAAGUCAGGACAACUCAGUCCCAUGAAUAUGUAAAUAUGCAUUGUCAGUCUCCAACGGGUGAUUCAGGUCUCCCCGAGUUAUUCAGUAGGGAAAAUGCUGGUCUAGAUCUCCCUUUGGGUUCUUCAGGCACUGACAUUCAAAAAUCCUUUAUUGAGAGCCUACUGUAUGCCAGGCACACUGGGGUGGCAUAGUGAACAUAUUAGGUGGUGUUCCUGUGCUUUUUGGAGCUUGGUGAGAAGCAUUUGAAGGAUGUCUGCUCCAUGAACUGUUUCCUCACUUCCUGGCCACCCAGGUGGGUGUGUCUUCACUGGCCACACCCCCACCCUGUGGUCCUGCCCUCUGUGGGUGUGGCCUCAGGCACCAUUGGCACUGAAGACCGCCCUAAGCUUUCUGACACUCAUUGGUGUGUGAAUAAAACUGACCACUUCAGCCAGGGCGGAGGUAGCUGUGGGCCUCCGUGUCCAGGGAAGCAGGGCGGGGGCGGGGGGAGUCCCUGCCUCAAGGGUCCAACCUGCGGCUACACCCAGAGGCAAAGCCCUCGCUCUCAGACCCCUCAGCUGAGGAGACCAACUCCAGAUCCCAGGAAAACUGGACCCCACACGUAGGCAGACUUACACUGGACGUGGAAAUAAGCAGCAUAAGUUUCCAGCCGGCACUGUUGUUUUCUCAACCUGUCCCUUGCCUGUGGACCAAACCAAUGGCAUCCACUAUCCUCCACUGCUAGGGCUGAUGAAUGGAGUAGCUGGUCCCAAGACUAGCUGCUGGUGGGUUUUCACCUGCUCCUCAGACAUUUGAGAAAGCAAGGGUUCCUCUUCUUCCCUUCCAGCUGUUCACGUGGAACAGCUGUCAGAAAAGACCUCUCAAGUUUCCUAUUUGGAGGAGUCUCCCGAGAUCUGUGUGCAGCCUACCCCAAGGGACUUGUCACCUCCUUCACCUGCCUGGCUGGAACCUGUGUGACACUGCAGCACCUGCCGUAGCAGCGUCCAAAUGCUGCCUCUCAUUACUUUCAUAUUGGAAUAUAGGUGGUGCCCAGACACAAAUGCAUUCUGCAUCCUUAGUGCCCUGGGAAGGGAAAGAGAAGGGCUCUGCUACCCCCAGGAAAUAGGUUGUGUGUUCACUGCCAUGGCAUUUGGAAGAUCUUUAUUCCCCACCAAUCUAGCAAGGACUAGAGAAAACAACGAAAAUGGGCACAUUCCUCAGCUGUAGCACGCUCUGCAGCGCCAGUGUAAAAAUAAACAGGGCAGGGGCGCGGGCGGCAUUUUGCAGCUGGAUAAUCUGAUCCGCAGAGAUCCGUCCCAAGGUCAGGAGCUUGGCGGCAUCUCCUGGCCAGGCCUCCAGUCCCCACUGUGGAGCUCCCUGACCCACGUGUUCACCCGGCCCCCAGCCUUUCGACAGCACUGCCUCCCAGGUAGCCUGACAAAGUGGGAUUUCUCCUGUUCAUGCUGCAAAUCUCCUUGGCUCAGAGCCAGCGACCUUGAGCUUACAGCCGCUUUCCGAGGCAAAGCGCCUCAUCUCACUGUGGCCGAAUGUGGGCACACCGUGGCAUAGUUUCACUAUUUGCCCAGAUGGCUUUGGCUCAAGUGGCAUGGCCGGUGCUUGUCCCCCUCAGAGCCUCAAGUGCCUACAACGGGCUACCCCAUCCCCUUGCCUGCUCACCUGUAACGUCCCCAUGGUGCCUGUGACACUUCUUGUUCUUGGAAUACACAUCGCCUUUCUGCCUGGUAGCCAGUUAUGUAGACAUUGUGGAAUCCUGGACACCAGCGUCUAAUGUUCACCAAUAAUUAGCAAAGCAUACCCUGGGGCUGUAUGCGUGUGCCUGUUCUCAAAGGAAUGGCUUCUUUGUAAAUGGUGGCUACUGUUCUCUUAAAGGCUUUUAGCUCAUAAAUACUGUUGAACCUGAU